AUGCAGUACCGAGUGAUGGCAACAGAAUUAGAAACAAUAGACCAUCCCGCAGAUGCUGUAGCAUCAUGUAGAGUGUGUAUCGAAGAGCUAAACAGUCUGCCGGUGGUUCAGCAAAGUCUUCAAGAGCAGCUCAGGACAGGUAUCAUGGCAGUGAAGGGUUUAUUUAGCAAAGAAGAACGACGGAAAGUUAUUUCCGGUGUCUGUCUUAUCAAUCGUGUCGUCUACGAUGUCACACAAACAGUAUCCGUUAAAGAACCAUUGCCACAAUGGCCCAUGAUUGAUACAGGAAAAGAGAAAGUUGAUCUGCUGCGAGACCGGAGAGUAACAAAAAUACUUUGUAGACAGGGUAUGGAGAACUGUAGUGUGUCAUGGAUACUUGGUCAUUAUGGCGAAGAGGAGCACAGGUUAAAUAAUCCGAGUGGUAUCGCUAUCAACUCAAGCGGGCAAUAUAUUGUAGCAGACUGUGACAAUACAAUCAAGGUGUUUGACAAGAGUGGCAAGUUUGUGCAACGUUUCAGAGUUCCUGCUCCUCUUUUAGAUGACAUGGGUAAGCAGCUAUCCUUUACAUACCGGGUGGUUCAUCUAGUCGCAGACAUGAAUGAAAACAUUUAUGUGCCGGUCAAAGAAACCAGUUGUGAGGACUCAUACUGGAUUUCUAAGUUUAACAAAGCUGCUGACGAGCAUAACAGUUUUCGCGUCAGGACAAUGGGCUGCGAAUGCAAACUGUCAGUCAGCGAUAGUGGUAAAGUGGUGGUACUGAAGAGAAACUCUGGAGAGAGUUAUGGGAUUGUGGAUGUUUAUGAGGCUAAUGGUCAGUUUGUUUGCAGUUUUGGAAGACAAAUCUUGAGUUACCCGUGCGACAUCACUACUGUAAGUGAUGGUAGAGUUAUGGUGGUGGAAGGAUGGCUUUCGACGCCAGGUGUUCACAUAUUCAGCGAACAGGGUGACCAUCUAAACAGGUUUGAUCUGCAAAGGUUUCUGAGAUCUCCAAAAAUUGCAUUUCACAGGGAAAGUCAACAAGUCGUCGUGGCCGGUAAUAAGGAAUCAGACAUCUUGUAUGUAGGGAUAUACACCAGAGAUGGUGAGUUUGUGCGAAGUACUCUUAUCCAUAUGGGAGAGUCCUUUAUUCUGAAUGGGAUUGCAGUGACCACCGAGGGACACAUUGCAGUAGUAACCCGGAUUCUAGGUUCAACAAAAAAAGUAAUCAUCAUUUAA